AUGGGUUUCGCUAAAACUGCAAACACUGCUGGAGCUGGUUUAAUAACAUCAUUAAUGUUGCUUUGCAUCGGAAUUUAUGCUCGUAGUCAUGUUGUGAAUAAAAGAGUGACAUGGGUCUUUGCAUUAUUCAAUGAAUAUGGACCAGAGUUGCAGCUUGGAGCUGGUGGACUUAGUCUUGUGACUAUAUCCCUUAUAUUCUCACUCUUAUCAGCUCUUGCAUUUUAUAAAGGAGAUCAAGCUGUAAGUAAAGAAGGCAGUGACAUCAAUAGUUCCAACGAUAAUGAAAAUAUAAACACAGUAAUGACCAACCAGCAGAAACCUGUUCCUCAACAAUUUCAAAUUCCACAAUCUUAUUUAAACCCUCAAUCUGAUACAAAUAAUCAACCUUAUUCGAGCACCAACUAUCAACCUGUUGUUUAA